CAGAUCUAUCACCUGGCGUCUCCAGCCUCUCCUCCCAACUACAUGUACAAUCCCAUCAAAACACUCAAGACUAACACCAUCGGCACUCUUAACAUGCUUGGUCUGGCCAAACGUGUGGGUGCCAGACUUCUCCUUGCUUCUACUUCCGAGGUUUAUGGAGAUCCAGAGGUACACCCACAAAAUGAGGAGUACUGGGGGCAUGUGAAUCCAAUUGGUCCUCGAGCAUGCUACGAUGAGGGGAAACGUGUAGCAGAGACCAUGUGUUAUGCCUACAUGAAACAGGAAGGAGUAGAGGUGAGGGUGGCAAGAAUCUUCAAUACCUUUGGCUCCCGAAUGCACAUGAACGACGGACGUGUCGUCAGCAACUUCAUCCUGCAAGCACUACAGGGAGAACCUCUUACUGUAUAUGGUACUGGUUCCCAAACAAGAGCCUUUCAGUAUGUAAGCGAUCUGGUGAACGGCCUGGUGUUGUUGAUGAACAGUAACAUCAGCAGUCCAGUCAAUCUGGGGAACCCAGAGGAACACACUAUAUUGGAGUUUGCUCGUCUUAUCAAAAGUCUUGUCGUGAGCCGAAGUCAGAUCCAGUUCCUUCCAGAGGCCCAGGACGACCCACAGAGGAGAAGACCUGACAUCAGAAAAGCCAAGAUGAUGCUCGGCUGGGAGCCGGUGGUGCCCCUGGAGGAAGGCUUGAACAAAACUAUCCAGUACUUCAGUAGGGAACUUGAGCACCAGGCCAACAAUCAGUACAUCCCUAAACCUAAAGCCGCCCGCAUGAAGAAAGGAAGACCCAGACACAACUGAUCUCGGAUGGGUUUCCCACCACAGACUCUCCCAAAACACAGAAAGGUGUACAGACUCCUCAGAGGACCCUUGAAGAGCAACUCUCUGAAAAACACUGUUGAGUAGAGUACUCUGUGACGAUGUGUCUUUUUUGAGAAGCAGAGACAACUUUCUCUUUAAAGUCUCUUAAAAAAGAGUUGGAGCUGCAGCUGGUAAGGGCUUCCUUACAAUUGGAUGGGCAAGCCUAAUUAAAAAACAGAUAUUUGGGCAUCUGAAACCCAACCUACCUUUUUUUGUGAAUUUGUGCUUUUGCUAUUUAAAUCGCAGACAUGAGAAGCUUGCAAGCAGCGCAUACUGUGCAUCAGUGCUUCGUGUUUAUUUUAUCAUGGUGUUUUUUCUCCGGAGAUGAGCUGUUUUGUUUUUCCACUGGAUGUUAUGUCCUCUUAUCAGUGGCGUGCCAGCACCCUGUUGGCUGUUCAUGCAGCACACCGCAGGGCUGGGCAAAUCUUCUUGAAAGACUGUUACAGCAUCAUUACAUGUUGCAUCGUUGCAUUCUACUUUGUGAAAUCUCAUAUCAGGAUGUGCAUUAUCAAUUUCAGAUGAAGAUGCUAUUUUAAUAAAAUAUUUCCAAUAUUUUGUGUAUGAUAUAAUUAGGAAGGAAAAUAAUGGUGUGUCGGUGGGAACUGUGAUUUCAAUGUACACUAACCGAUGGGAAUUACCGUGGUGAGAAAAAUUGAGGUCCCCACAGGUAGAGACUGCUUUUUGAGGCGUGCGUGUGUCUACAAAUGGUAGUGAAAGUGAAAAAGCAGGGGUCUUUGGUAGUACGAAGCCACCUUUAUUUAUGACAAUCUAGCAAAAAUAAAAGCCAAGACAUCAGAUUUGUUCAUUCAUCCGCCUAAUAAUUUGUUUAAAUUUUGUGUGUCAUUUCCACUGUUAAAACUAAUAUGUAGGGAUAGAGGCAAAUAUAUGAGAGUCGGUUACAGUGGUGGGAGUAACCAAUCAAAAGUCAGAGCAGAUUGACAGCUGCAUUGUAGGUUUGUAACUUACUAUCACAGGUUCUCUGAAAGAGAAGGCAGGAGUCAAAGAAACAAACCCUUUGACCAUUCACACUAGCAGUGGCCUUGAAUUGUGUGUCUGUGACUGGAGUCAAUAAUAGUCAUAGUUGACAUCAGCGCCAUGUCUGUAAGAACUGGGGUCACGCGGUCCAAUGGGGGAGUUUUCAUCAUAGUGGUGCUGACGCCCUUGAUCACUGGCACGAGCGUGGUCCAUCCAGUACGCCAGGUCAGUCUCGAGCCUCUGAAGAGUAAAAACAAACAAACACCACAGUCGUGAUUCGUUUAGAAACUCACCCUCAACAAAUCUCAAGCUAAUGUAUACAAAGGCAGAUGAUAAGCUGCUACAGCUGUGGCAAAUGGUUUCACACGUUUUUUCCAUUUUACGAAGCAACAGCAAAUGGCAUGUAUUUGUAUGAGAAAUAACGCUACUCUGGCUGAAACAGAAAUGCUGUCAGCUGUCAAAAAUAGUGGCAGUAGGGGGUUAAUUUCUGUACUCUGCUCCAUUUUUAUCUAUUGCAUUCCCUCUGUUGCUUACUGUCCCUGGUGAAUUCUACAUGACAAUCACCUGAGAAAAAACUGAAACUGGACUGUAUAUUUGUUUGUGAGAGAGAAUUUAUGUGUUGUCAUAUAUUCAGUUCAGGUCGUACAGCAACAUCUUGAGGAUAACCUUUUGAUAAGGAUAUCUUGUAGACGUCAGACCAGACUACACUUUAAACUAUACCUUUGUCACCACACAUUUUUGUCCUCCACAUUUCAGAAAUAUGUAAAGAUCCAAAUGACUAAAGUUUUUACUGUCUGUUUUA